GCGCAAUAUACAGUAGUAUUAAAUAUAUGGUGCUAUACCCCUGCGUUGUCCUAACACUCCUAACUCCUAACCCCGAAAUUAACAUUGGCAUUUGGCAAGCUCAACUGUAGUGAGUUUGUCAACUCUAUUUCUAGUAAUUUUUAGCAUAUUCUAAUUCUCUUGAUUAGAACCUACUAACUUCGUAUAAAAAAACGAUUUUAAAUGAUUAUAGAAAAAUCAAAAGCAAUAAAAAACUUAUUAUGUAGAUUACAAAAAACUACCGUCUCGAUGGACAAUAAUUAUUAUUCGAAAAGUAGUCUCAGUAAAAGUGACAUGUCACAAAAACAAGUGCAGAAAUUAUUACAAAAGGCUAAACAUGGAAAGCGUUCAAAAAUACUUGAUAAAAACAAUGUGCCAGGAAAAAUUUAUCUCCAGAUACUAGGAAGUGGAACAAAAGGAGUACCAAGUAGUUUAUAUGUUUCGACAAAUUUUUCAAAAUAUUUAUUUAAUUGUGGUGAAGGUAGCCAACGACUUGCUAAUGAGCAUCAUCUGAAAAUUGGUCAACUUGACCAUAUUUUUUUUACCAUGCCAACUUGGAAAAACAUGGGUGGAUUACCAGGAAUGGCAUUGACGAUUCAAGAUUGUGGCGUACCAAAUAUUAAUCUUCAUGGUCCACGAGGAAUCUCUGAAUUAUUUCAUGCAACACGUAGAUUUAUCUUACUUAAGGAUUUAUCAGUCACUGAAAAUAAUUGUGAUGAUAACAACGAAUUUAAAGAUUCAUGUAUGUCAGUUCAAUAUGUUAAUUUAACAAAAACACAAAAAAACAGCAAAGUUGAUUAUGGUAUGAUUGUUGAUGCUGAUGGCGCCGAUUAUUAUCUACAUGAAUUUAAUAAAAGAAGUGAAAGAAAUGUUAGUUCUCGAAGUAAUAAUUUACCAACUAAAUAUUUCAAUUCUUAUAAUAACAAAAAAACGGUCGAUAAAAUACAUGGUUGUAUCGUAUAUAUUUGCAAAUUGCAUAAACAACCGGGUAGUCUUGAUUUAUCAAAACUAGUAGACUAUGGUGUCAAGUCUGGUCCGAUUUGUAGUGAAUUAAAAACUGGUCAAGAUGUAACUCUCCCUGAUGGUACAAUUGUUAAAAGUGAGGAUGUUCAUACUCCAGAUAUACCAGGACCAGUUUUUAUUGUUCUGGAAAUACCUGAUGAUGAUUAUCUGAAUUCAUUGAUUAAAAAUAAAAGCUUUGAUGAUUAUCAGUCGACGGGAAAAUUAGAAAAUCAAGCAAUGUUUAUUGUUCAUUUUACACCAGAAAAUAUUCUUAACUCAAAAAAAUAUCGUGACUGGAUGAUAAAAUUUCCCAAAACAACUGAACAUAUUAUUAUUAAUGAGUAUAAUAAUUGUUAUAGUUAUGAAGCGCUCCAUCGAAUUCAACAUCAAUUAACACUUCUUCAUCCAAAUAUAUUUCCAACUAUAUACGAUAAAAACUUAAACGAUAAUGAGUUAUUAAAAAAUAUUGAUAAAGAGUGUGUUGAAGAUAGUUUAAAAAUUUAUCGAGCGCAAACAUUGGAUUACAUACAUUUGAGACCUCUUACGGGUCUGGAUUCGUCACAGAUUGUAAAAAUUGAUUCAAAUGCGGAUAUCGCAAAAGUUUUCAGUAUCGAAGGUUUUCAAGAGACACUCGAAAAUUUGAAGAUUGACAUAAACAAUCAGUUAAAAAAUUCAAAUGAUCAAUCUGAAUUUCCAAAGCUUAUAGUACUUGGUACGGGAUCUUCUAUACCAAAUAAAGUUAGAAAUACGUCUGGAUUGCUUCUAAGAAUUGAUCAGAGUUCAAGCAUUGUUUUGGAUUGUGGUGAAGGUACUGUUGGACAAAUUAUUAGAUUUUUCGGUGUAAAAGAAGCUGAUAACAUCCUCACAAGUAUUAAGGCAAUUUACAUAUCUCACCUCCACGCUGACCAUCACUUAGGUCUUCUGGGUAUUCUCCAGGAACGUCAGCGAGUAACAGAACUUCCAGUUUAUUUAUUUGCACCCAAACAAAUUGAGUCUUGGCUUCAAUUUUAUGAUCGAAAGAUUGAGAAUAUCAAAAAUACAUUUAAUCUUGUUCCAAAUCAAUGUUUAAUAAUGAAUCUCCGACAAAUGAAACCCGAUGUUGACGAUGAAAUUAACAAAAUACUUAAGAUUAAAGACAUAAAUACUGUCGAAGUAAAUCAUUGUUUACAUGCAUUCGGGCUUUCAUUAGUUCUUGAAAAUGGAAAAAAAAUUGUUUACAGUGGUGACACAAAACCCUGCACAACUCUGGUUGAUCUUGGAAAAAAUUGUGACCUAUUGAUUCACGAAGCAACUAUGGAAGAUACACUUGAAGAUGACGCACGAAAGAAAGCACAUUCAACAAUAUCUCAGGCAAUUAAAAUUGGUCAAGAUAUGAAUGCAAAAUUUACAUUAUUAACACACUUCAGUCAACGUUAUUCUAAAAUGCCGAAGCUUCCUGAAUCAUCGACUGUUUAUAGCUUAAACAAUGUUGGUAUUGCCUUCGAUAAUAUGCAAGUUAGUUUGUCUGAAUUAUCAUUACUACCAUUGUUUUAUCCAAGUUUAGGUUUUAUGUUUAGUGAUUUUUGUAUGACAUUAGAAAAAAAAGCUGAACAAAGAAUAUUAAAAAAAAAAAGACAAGAUUGAAUCUUUCAAAAUUGUGAUUAACAAAACGUUUUCAGGAAAAACUGAUUUCCACGCAUUAUUUAUUUUUUUACUUCCAAUUUUUUUUCAUCCUUGAUACAUGAUGUCUACACUCUAUUAGGAAGUAAUAGCUAUUCGCCAUAUGGUGGCCACUGGCGUGAAGCUUCUAAGGGAUAGUGAAUUCCAAGCUGUCUCUUUUGAUUAAUUAUAAGCUAUACACUGUAGAUAUAUUUAAUUCUAUUUAAGUCUUUUUGUUUCUAUUUACUCAGAGGCAACCACCCGAGAUGAAAAAAUCAAGUAUUCGAAUAGUAUUAUUGAUAUUUUAUAGUGUUUGAAUUAUAUCCGGCGAUGUUUAUGAGGUAUUGUGAGAAUACUUAUGAGUAUUUUCGAUAUUUUGGUGGUAUUAUGAAAGAAGUAAAUGAAGAGCUCGAAUAUCGGUUCUCGGAUACAAUUAUCCCUGACAGGUAUUUUAAAUGUUUGGGUAUUUUAAAAGUCUUUGAAAAGUAUUCUGAUACUCCAGUUUUUGGACUUAGAAAAAUUUCAAUAUCAUAGCACCGUAUUAUAUAAUAAACUCCAAUUAUUUUUAGAGUUAAAUAAUUUAUUUAUGAAUUAAUUAAUAAUUAUUUAAUAAUUUUUUCUAUCCUUAUAUUAACAUUUCCAAUUUAUUCUAGUAAUCAUGCUAGGGACACCACAUCUUUUCCUUACAUACAUUUGCCAAUAGCUAUUUAACUAUAAUUAAUUAUGGCAAAUGUUGAUUAGGAAAGGAUGUAUAGUCAAAUAAAUCGAGUCGUAAUCUAAAAUAACGAUAGUGAAUCUCUUUUUUAAUUUUUUAAAUAAAUUAUAUUUGUAUCGACUUCGUAGGUUAUGUCAACAAAAUUUCAAAUUUUAUUAACUUGUAAAAAUGGUCUCGCGGUAGAGUGUAGGUUUAGUAAUUAGGAAAACGUAGGAUCGAACCCGGGUAGAAACGAAUUUAUGUAAACAAAUAUAUAUGUAAAACGCACUCUUGUUGGAAUUAUUUUUUUCAAAUAAUCAGCGGGUAUUUUAAGGUACAUUCUCAGCUACCUUCCGAAUAUAAGAAUUUCUUGAAAUUUAUACAGUAUGUAAUUGAAAUAUUGAUAAAUCAUUUCGUGAAAUGAUAUAUUAUGUUACAGACUUAUUUUUUUUAUAAUAAUUAAUUAAAGUUGGCUACUUUUAGAGAGGUUAAACAUGGGCUCUUAUGGGAGGGGAUGUUUGAAAUUUUUUUGAUCAUAACUAAAUUACAUUUCUAAAUAUAAGAUUUUAUUGGAAAACUGAUAGAUAAUAGUAAAAAUAAUAAGGAAUUUUUUAAUACCUGGUUUAUAUGGGGUUAGAGAACUGAUUUCGUUAUUUUAAUUAAAAAUAUGUGGUAAAAAGUUGUUUUUUUACUGAUUUUCUAAUGAAGAGCCAUAAUAUUGAAAAAGCGGGAAAAUUUAAACUUGCAUAAAAGAAAUUUCAUUACAAAAUAAUAGAGCAUCAUAAAUGCAAACAUUAAUGAAAAUAUUAUUAAAAAUGUUUUUAUUAACUAUAUAAAAUUGAGAUUGAUAAUAAAUAUUAAUAUUAAUUGGAUAUAAAUAAAAAACUUCAUACUGAUACAAAUCAGUGAUGCAUACUAACAAAAAAAAUUUUUGUGUGCAAUAUUGAAAUGAAUAAAUAUUAUAGAAUAAUUGUUUUUAUCAAUAUAUAAUUGGUUUUUAUUGGAAUAUAUUGCAUAAGAUUAAUUAAUAAUGGAAAAAAUAAAAUGUUAACACAAAAAAAAUGAUCACGAAA